AUGACGGCCAAGGAACUGAACACUAUCGGGCUGAUUGGAGCAGGUGUCAUGGGCUCAGCGCUCGCAAUGAACAUUGCUUCGCGUAAAUUGACGAUUUCGCUGUACAAUCGUACCUACCAAAAGUCUGUUCACUGCCAAAUGAUGGCGAAGUCUGAGAAUCUCGACAUCAUGGUCUUCAAGGAGAUCGCGGACUUCGUCGCCUCGCUCCGCCGGCCAAGGAAAGUCAUCGUGAUCGUGUCCAGUGGAACCGCGACAGACGCUGUCGUCGAGAAUUUGACGAAGUUGCUGGAGCCUGGUGACAUCGUGAUUGAUGCUGCCAACGAGUUUUACCGGAAGACUGAAGAACGCAUGAAAUUCGUACACGGCUACGGCUUGCUGUACCUCGGCAUGGGCGUCUCCGGCGGCGAGUCUGGCGCACGCUAUGGGCCUUCGCUAAUGCCGGGCGGCGACCGCGAGGCGUACGACGCAAUGGAGCCAAUUCUGCAGAAGAUAGCUGCUGUGAACGACGUCGGCGUCGAGUGUGUGAAGUAUAUGGGGGCCGGCGGCGCCGGGCACUUCGUCAAAAUGGUGCACAACGGCAUCGAAUACGGCAUCAUGGAGGCGAUUGCGGAGAUUUACGACAUCUUGCGCAAGGCGAUGAAGUAUGACAACAAGCAAAUUAGCGACAUGUUCAAGUUCUUCAACUCUGGCCGAUUGGACUCUUACUUGUGUGAAAUUACUUCCUAUGUAUUGGAGGCGACGAACCCCGACGACCCCAACAGUUACUUAGUAGACGACGUUCUCGACGUGGCUGGCGCGAAGGGCACCGGCAUGUGGACUUCGCAAGAAUCUUUCAGACUUGGAGUGCCCUGCCCGACGAUCUGCGCUGCAGUGGACGCGCGAAACGCCAGCAGCUGCCGUUCUGCGCGGCGCAAGCUCGCUACGAAAUACAAUGCUAUUUGUCGCUCAGAUAUUGCGAGUCAGGAGCUCACUGCCGAAGACUUUGAGCGUGCGCUCUACGCCUGCUAUGUCCUCGCCUUCACGCAAGGCGUGGAACUCAUCCGCAAAGCUUCGCUUGAGUACAACUAUGACAUCAACCUGAGCGACGUGUUUUUGGUGUGGGAGCGCGGCUGUAUUUUGCGGGGUCGCAUUCUCAAAGCGCUUGGCCCCGUCGUCACGCAGGACUGUAUACUGUCCUCCGAUUACGUGGUUGAUGUAUUUCGAUCUUCCAUCCCUUCACUUAAGGGCAUCCUCAAAUUGUGUCUUGAGUCCGGCACGGCAGCGCCUGCGCUCAGCUCUACAGCUAACUUGCUGUUUGCCUUGACAGACGAAAACUGUCCAAUGAACCUCAUUCAGGGCCUACGCGACCACUUUGGCGCGCACACUUUCUUUAUGAAGUCUGACGCGUCGAAGCCACUGCACGCAAAUUGGGUUCAGUCGAACUGGUGCUAA